AUGGACUUUAAAACACCAAAUCGCAAAGCAAGCGAUAAUGACUACCUUUAAUAUGACAAAUCUGAGAAUAAAUCUAAUUACUCUUCUAUUGCUAGCUCACCUUUAUUGAAGAGUUAUAAAACUUCAAUUGAUUAUGUUAAAUAAGUGAUGCAAAUCUACUCUGUUCUUAAGUCAGUUGUUGAUAAGCAUAAACAUAGCAAUUAAUUAGAUUUUUUUAUUUAGCUAAGGGAACAAAAAAAUAAUCUGGAUAUCCACAAAGUAGCAUCAUAGAAAUUAGUUAAUGUUAUAAAAUGUGUCAUUAGAAGGAAGUAGCUCCAAACUUUUUAAGAAAUAAAAGACCAUUCUUAGGUUAGAUAAAAAUAUAAUAUUACAAGCUAGCUUUUUAAUGCUCCAAUCGCUAAAAAGAAACCACAACCUGUAAAAAAGAGUCCCUUUGAAAAAAAUUCUGGUUCAGAAUUAGGAAAAAUAAAACUUAUAUUUAAUGAAAUGAAAUCUGAAGGUGUAACAUUUUCAAAUAUUUCGUUUUAGAAUAUAAUGUGCUAUUUUGAAUUUGAAAGAGCUAUACGAAUAAUAAGUAAGAUAAUUUUCAGAAAGCAAUUUAAUUGGAAAGAAGUAGUAUUUCGAGUAAUUUUGAUGAAGAAUUAUAUUUAAGGCUUAUCAUAAAAAACAAUAAUGAAGAAGUUCAAAAAAUAAAACAUAGAAAAGAUGAAAUUAAUUAUUGAAAAAAUAUAGGAAAAAGGAGAUAAAUAAGGAAUUAAAAGCCUUUUAGUUAUUGUAGAUGAUGAAGAAGCUUUAGAUAAUAUUUAAGGUAGUCUCCAUAAGAGUGGUUGUUCUUCUUCUACAUCUCUCGAUAAUGAAAAUAGAGUAGAUCCUUCGCCAAGAAGAUAAGUUAAUCUUUACUUAAAAAGAAGGUCUCUUCUCAAAAAAAUCUUAAACAAAAGAUCUCUACCUUCCUCUGUGAAUAACAGAGAAUUGGAUAGAUAUGUUAAUUAUGAAAGAGCCUUACUUUCUCUAUUCAGAGUUGUUGAUAGAGCUCUCCAUAGAAUAAUGUCGUCUUGCAUGCAAGAGAUGCAUAGAAAAGUUGGAUAUAGAAUGGCAAAAUAAGCUACUUUAAAAAAUUUACUUAACCAAUACAUUCAUAGAAUAAAUUAACCUAUUCAAAGGGCAUUUUAUGCUUGGCUUUCUUAGACAACUCGCGUUAAAAAAGAGAAAAUUUGA